AUGACUUGUUUCUACAUGCUACCGAGUCCCAUCUUUCCGGAUCUCUAUGAAGCGUCUAUCGUGGAGCUCCAACAUGGAUUGGAAGACGGUCUCUUUACGAGCGUUGAUUUAGUUAUGGCAUAUCUCGCACGUAUCGAAGAAGUCAACUAUCAAGGCCCAAGCAUACGUGCAGUCCUGGAAACGAACCCCUCUGCCAUCCAGAAUGCCCAGAUUCUCGAUUUCGAGCGACUGUUGUAUGGAGCGCGGGGUCCAUUGCACGGCAUCCCCAUUCUCCUCAAAGACAACAUCGCUACCGUCGCGGAAGAAGGCAUGAACACUACCGCAGGCUCCUUCGCCCUGCUGGGUUCCGUGGUCCAUGACGACGCCCACGUAACGAGGCGGUUGCGCCAGGCGGGCGCUAUCGUCCUCGGGAAGACGUCCAUGUCAGAGUGGGCCCACUUCCGCGGAGACCUUCCUCCGGGAUGGUGUGCGCGCGGUGGGCAGGGAACGAGCCCAUACGUGCCGCUCGGGGACCCCUCUGGUUCGAGCUCAGGAAGCGCUGUUGCAAGUGCCAUCGGGCUUUCGGCGGCGGCACUCGGGACGGAGACGACGGGGUCAAUCACCCUUCCCUGCAACAAUCAGAACCUCGUCGGUAUGAAGCCGACCGUCGGCUUCACAUCCAGGACGGGAGUCAUACCGAUCUCGUCGCACCAGGACUCGGUUGGUCCUAUGACACGCACGGUGACGGACGCUGCAAUAAUCCUGAAUGCGAUCGUGGGCCGCGACCCCCUUGACAAUUACACCCUCGCUCAGCCACCCACCGUACCCGACUUCACCGCCGCCCUUGAUCGCGAUGGACUCAAGGGCGUGCGACUGGGGGUGCCGCGGAACCUCGUGGAACGCGCCGACCCGUUCAUCGUUGCGACAUUCAACGCCUCGCUCGACAUCUUCAGAGCCCUUGGCGCCAUUAUCAUGGACCCCGCCGAUAUCCCCAGCCUGUCGGAAAUGGAUGUGUCCAAGAACGAGUCGAUUGUACUACAGACCGACUUCAAAAUUGAAGUCGGUCGCUACCUGGAUGGUUUACUUCACAUCCCGACGAAAGUACGAACCCUCGCGGGCAUCAUCGCUUUCAACCAGGAGCACGCCGAUGAGGAGUUAGUGCCUCCAUACUGGACUGACCAGUCCGAAUUGGUUGCAUCGGAGCGCUCGGCCAUCAACCAAACCUACUUCGAUGCUAUCGCAUAUGACAGAGACCUCGGCGCCACACGCGGCAUCGACGGCGCGCUGAAAGCUCACAACAUCAGCGCGCUCAUUGCUCCUAGCAUUGUCGCUACGGACCAUACGGGGAUUUCAGGAUACCCAAUAAUCACAGUACCUCUUGGAUUCCUGCCGCCCAGCACGCCCUUAGAUCCCGCCGAGCCGACACGCGCAAAAGGCCCCAAUAUGCCCUUCGGGCUUGCGUUCGUGGGGACCGCGUGGAGCGACUGCGAUCUCAUCAAGUACGCGUACGCAUACGAACAGGCUACACGCGUGCGGCUGAGGCAGCGCGCGAUGCCCGAGGCUAUCCCAAAGACGCAGCUUCCGGACGUCGUCAGCAUACCCCUAUAG